AUGUCCCCCGAGAUGCAAGACCCCAGUCACAGGAGAUCCUCCUGUGACCAGUGCAGACAAAAGAAGCUCAAAUGUGAUGGCGGAUAUCCUUAUUGCGGGAGAUGCUCGAGUAUAUCAGAGAGUUGUGUAUACUCGGCCAAGUUGCCCAUGGGAAGACCCAAAAAGAGAAAACUCACCGAAAAUGAGGUCCCGAGCAGUACGGAGAGUAGGACGUCACCGUCAACUUUGGCCAUGAGUAUCACAAGCGAGACGACAAGUGAAGUUGGGAGGAGGUCAAGUUUUGAUAACUGUCAGCACAUGUCGGAUGAUGCCCCGUUGGAGAUGUCUCUUGGAACAGACACAAACGUUGACCCGAAGCUGUUGUUCGAGACAGACCCUCUAAGCUGCGCAUGUCUUGCAAAUCUUUACCUCUCAUUAGAACAAGUCCGGAAAGCAGAUGACCUACCCUUUACAUCUCGAUUAUCAGUCUUGCGGCAUUUGACAACCACAGCAGGAGGGAUUAUUCAGUGUCAGAUAUGCCCAACAAAGUUUCUCUGGGCGAUGCAGAAUGCUCAGCUUCUCAAUACUCUCAUCGUAUCCCUCGCUGAGGGGUACAAGAAGAUUGUGAAAUUCGUCGAAGACGAGACGAUACGGGCUCAAGAAGCCAACGAAGCAAAGAGUUUACUUAUAUCUGAAGGUCAACCUGACACGCUAGGGUUUCAAAUGAGUUUGGAUCCAGAAGACUGGCAGAAUAUCGCAAACAAGGCCAUCAGAGCAGAAAUGUUUGGGACGAAGCACUCCACGGCGGCAUCGUUCGUGGGGAUGUUGCAGUUGAUGGAAGAUAGACAGAAUGCAUGGCAUUCAGGGCAUACCCAUGUUCCCCCAGGGAUUGGGACUCGUAUGACUCAUCAGAUGCACGAGAAAGAGCCGCAUUGUGUUUCUGUUGUCAAGCAUACGAGGGAUAUGAUAUGUCAUUUGCUGUCUGAUGUCUGA